ACUGCCGGACGGACUACUCCAGCUCCGGAACCUGACACAGCUGGGCCUCAAUGAUGUGGCUCUACUCCGGCUGCCCUACGACAUUGCCAGGAGAUCGGCAACCUGAAGAAGCUGUCCAUCCUGGACGUGUCAGAGAACCAGCUGGAUUACCUCCCCGAGGAGAUCGGCGGCCUGGCGGGACUCACCGACCUGUGCCUCUCGCAGAACGGCCUCGAGUACUUCCCCGAGGGAAUAGGAUUGCUCAAGAAACUAACAAUUCUGAAAGUAGACAUGAACCGUCUCCUGGCGCUCAGUCCACAAAUUGGCAGCUGUGAAAAUAUGCAAGAAUUAAUAUUGACCGAGAAUCUUCUGUCGGAUCUUCCAAACUCUAUCGGCAAAUUGAAGAACCUGCACAAUCUGAACGUAGACCGCAACCGAUUGACGGAAAUACCGGUGGAGAUCGGCAAGUGCUACAAGCUGGGCGUGCUGUCGCUGCGGGACAACAAACUGCUGCGACUGCCGCAGGAGCUGGGCAACCUGAACAAGCUGCAGGUCCUGGAUGUCUCUGGGAACAGACUGGAGUACCUCCCGAUCACCAUCGCCAACCUGAACCUGAAGGCCCUGUGGCUGUCGGAGAACCAGGCGCAGCCACUGCUCAAGUUCCAGACGGACUUUGAUGAGCGCACGGGCCAGAGGGUGCUCACCUGCUUCCUGUUACCGCAGCAAGGCUUCCACACGGAGAGCAUGGAAAAUCUUCUUAAAGGCAGCAUCGCCACCGAAGGGAGCUUCACGGAGAAGGGGGAGCGGCCCCGCGACAGCGUCAUUCGCUUUGCCGAGGACCAGGACAAGGGCGAGGAGGUGGACUCGGACGAUGAGAGCCACUUUGUGCGUCAUGACACCCCUCACCCGAAGGAGCUCAAGGCCAGACACGCAAAGUUCAUGAAGGACAAGAACAUAGACGGCCACGUCAUACCCCACCACGAACGGAUGGGCGAGGAGACGUCCUUCAUGCCGUCCCGCGACCACGACCACCCAUACGAGGACGAGGAUGAGGGCCCAGGCCCGUACUUCCGCGAGGCGCCGCGAGACUCGGCCAUGCUGCUCAACAACACCUACGUCAAGAGCUCCCCCGCCUACGACGAGAGGGGGGAUGAGAAACAGGCCCCGCCUUCUCCCAAGCCACGCCCACCCGAGGUCAUCAAAGCCCCCAGAGUCAGAGACGAUUGCUAGUCCAGCUCCGGCCACCCAGGCUAUGCCGGUGGAGGUACAGGAGGAGGAGAUCACUAUACAUAUCUUACGCUCCCCGGGACAGGGGCUCGGCAUCAGCAUCGCUGGAGGGAAGGGUUCGACGCCCGUCAAGGGAGACGAUGAGAGUAUCUUCAUCUCUCGCGUCUCGGAGGAUGGACCCGCCGGGAAGGCUGGCAUCGUCAAGGGAGACAAGUUGUUGAAGGUGAAUGAGGCCAACCUGGCAGAGGCAGACCACUACGAGGCUGUCAACGUGCUCAAGAACAGCGGCAACGACAUCACCAUGCUGGUGGCACGAGAGAGGCUGCUGGCCAACGCACACGCUGAGGCGUCUGCGGUGGAAGACAGCACCCACACCGGCGAGACAACCGUGUCCUUCACCACUGAGCCGGAGACUGAGGUCUACGGAGAGACGGUGAGCACGUCCCUGGUUCGCGACCACACAGGCCUGGGCUUCAGUAUAGCCGGAGGUCGCGGCUCCGUGCCUUUCAAGGGCAACGACAACCAGGUGUACAAUUUAUUAGAGGCCAUUUACAUAUCAAAGGUCACGCCGGGCGGGACUGCCGACAAGGACGGGGUCCUCCAAGUCGGGGACAGGAUUGUGUCUGCAGACGCCCGACACGACCAGGCGGUGUCCCUCCUCACCGGCCUCGACCGCACCAUCAGCCUGGUGGUCUACCGUGAGAAGAUAGUGCCCAAGGGGGAGGUGACCGAACCCCUGCCCCCCGGCAGCCACAAGAUCCCUCGCAUCACUCAACCAGUCAUCAACUGGCAGCAGCACAGCACCGUGGGUGGCGCCCCCUCGCCCGCCCCGCGCACCCCCAGCCCGGCCGGAGCCCAGCCUUCUCCGUUGCCCACGGAGCUCGGGGUCGCGCUGACCUCCAGCAGCACGGUUGUGUCGGGACGCCCGUUGUCCAGCCCCGUGUCGCCCGCGGCUACAUCGGCCAUUGGUUCGGGCUACAGCCCGAAUCGCUUCUCAGCGGUGGAGGCGAGCCCGACGCUCCAAACGUCCCCGGUCACGUCAUCGGCUGCUGCCUCUUCGCCGGCCGCAGCCCCCCACACUCCUCCUUCCUCUUCUACUUCCCCUCCUCCUCCCUCCUCCGCCAGCCCGUUCUCAUCAGCUGUGCCGACCUCGUACUCGUAUCUGAGCCAGCCGGCAGCUGUCACUCUGACACUAGGCUCCUCCCCCUCGGCCACCACGCCCACGUCGCCGGCCAAUCACCAGACGGUGCCGUCUGCGUCUCCCGUGUCGCCCAAGUACGGAGCCAACAAGUCUGUGGCGCCCCCUCUCUCCUCGGAUUGGUCCGCCCCGGCCACCUCGGUACAGCCGCCCAAGUUUGUGUACCCGGGCUUUAGCAAAACAUCCACGGUAUCUCAGUCAUCCUCUUCGCCGUCUUCGUCGUUGCUGUCAUCAUCACCCUCGGCAACGGUCACGACAACAACGGCAGCAGCUGGGGCAGCCUCUUCCUCCUCCUCCUUCCCCACCACCUCCUCCUCCGCCCCCCUCUCGGCGCCCCCUCCUUCCUACUCCUCCGUGUUCAGCCCGUCCACGGUGAGCUCAGUGACUAUCACCGCGACCACCACCACCUCCAGGACUUCCUCCUCCUCUCCCCCCUCCUCCUCCUCCUCCCCUCCCUCGGGGAGCCUCCCCCCCUCACAGACUCUGAACCUGUCCCCCGUGGUGCUCCAGGUGUCGCGCACUGCGCACGCCCCGGCCCACCUCGGCUCCACCUCCCCGGGCUUCUCCUCGCGGGACGCUGGUGGAGAGGGUAGAGUGCCCGCCAGCACCACCACAGCGUCGCUGGACACGCCGCUCAGCACGCCGGACUCGAACCACGUGGAGCUCAGGUCUUCGUCCGCCUCGCCUCAGCCUUAUCCCAUAGAGGAUGUGGUCAUCGUGAAGGCCGGGGGACCCCUGGGGCUGAGUAUCAUCGGCGGUGUGGACCACUCCAGUCAGCCGUUCGGCGGGGAUGAGCCGGGCGUCUUUGUCUCCAAGAUUGUGAAAGGUGGCGCUGCAUCAAAAACCAACCUAAGGAUAGGAGACCGGAUCAUCUCUGUGAACAACAAAGACCUGCGACAGGCCACCCACCAGGAAGCUGUCAUGGCCCUGGUCUCCCCGACCUACGAGCUCCACCUCAAAGUUAGGCACGACCCCCCGCCCCCUGGACUACAGGAGCUGAGCAUUAGCAAGGAGGCCGGGGAGAAGCUGGGUCUGUCCAUCAAGGGAGGAGCGCGGAACCCCUCGGCACCCGAGCGCAGCGACGCUGGGGUCUUCAUCUCCAGGGAGAAGUUGCGGCAGGUGAAGGAGAGAGAGACCGCGGCCCGGGCAUUGUCGGGCGAAGCCACGUUCGUAGCCCCGCCCCCUCCGCCGGUCAUCCAGUCUGACCAGCAGAAGGAAGUGUUGCGCCACCAGCGGGCCCAGAUCCGCCUGGAGCCCUCCACCGCCUCCACUGUCAAUAGCUCCCCCAGCCAAUCUGUGAUGAACAAACAAGUGCCUGUCAAGCCCCCUGUCCCCGAGAAGCCAGUCGCCAACAGCCCUUUGGCGGCCACGAAUGCGGAGAUUGAGAAGAUGAGUUUCCGAGAGAAGCAGAAGUAUUUUGAGAAGGAGAUGCAGGGGAACCCCGACAAUCCCGCCUCCAAACCGCCAGCGAAACAGUUCAGCUACCUGUCGGAGCACGAGCUGGCCAUUAUGCGGCAGGAGGAAGCCAAGAAGGUGGGCGGCAUGUCCCAGGCUGAGAUCUUGUCCUAUGUUGCAGGUGGGGCAGGGGACGUCACUCCAGACCAGGACCUGGACCAGCUGCUCUCCAGCCCCCCGAGAUCAGCGAGUGGCUCUGUGGUAAGAAGCGUUGUAGUGUCGGAGGAGCGGAGGCCCCGUAGUCGUGGCCGCCCGGCCGUGGUGGACGAGUCGCUCUCUCCCCGGGAGCGAGAGGCCCAGAAACGGGCGGCCUGGAGAAAAGCUAGGAUGAAGAGUCUGGAGGCCGAUGCGGUUCAAGCCCAGGCAGUCAUCGCCAAGGCCCAGGAGAUGUCUCGAGGUGAGCCCUCUACCACCUCCGGCACCCGCGCAAACGCGUCAGCUCUGCAUGCAGUUGAUAUAGCUUUUGCAGGGGCGAGAGUCAACAUUAAUAUUAGUGUAUCUUUAGAAACUUUUAUCAAAAUUGUGUGGAAAAAAAGUGGUGGCCGACGCGCGGAUGUAGAGACUGCCUGGAGUGGAGAUUGUCGAGAGUGAAGCGACGGCGACCCUCAACCACCCCCCACCCCCUGCCGCCCCCUCCUCCUAUGUUGUCACAACGGUAGUUGUGCUGCCGCGGGGGUCGCUUGGGGGAGGGGAGCAAGGAGGAGAGGGGCUCUGCCGAUCCAUGUUACACUGCUCAAUGUUUAUUGCUCUUUUUUUUUUUCCCUCCUCUCUCUCUCUCUCUCUUUCUCGUGUCCUACACAUCCACUUUUGAAACGCCGCCAUGGCGAGCCGGCCUAGUGUGAGCAAACUCCUCUUGAAGCGACUGUGCGUUAUGUCGGGAGAUUUUGGAAUGUCCACUUCUUCAUGCAUUUACGGGACAGGUAUUUUCUGGAACUGUUGUGGUCUGUUUUUGUACAGUGGCCUUUUUGAUAAAUUUAAUGACAGUUGAGUUAUUUGUUGUUGUUCUUUUUUUUUUUUUUUCCACUCGGAUAUAGAAGACUUUUGUGUAACCUGUUCAAAAGAAAAAAGGAAAUGUUUGUGUGGAAUUUUUUUUUUUUUACAUUUGAUAUAAAAAAAAGAGAACUGUACCAAAAA